CCUUUCUUCUUGAAACGGCCGUCUGCUUGGCCAGAAGUAGGCUUCGUCGUUGGGGUGCGUGUAUUGUGGCUUGUUCCUAGAAGAAUAAGGCUGAGAAAAGAGUCAGGCUUCUUGGAGUGUACUUGGCACGGGCCAACUACGGCCAUGAAUCUCCACCACGAUGUCAAUCCUAUACGUGAGCUGGGACUACAUGCUGCUCGUCCGAAUAUAAAGGCGAGGCGAUGCCUUCUUUCGGAGACCGUCACAGUUGCACUCGACACCAUACAUCCUACCAACCCGCUAUCGCACAAUCACACAGCAUCCAAAGAACUCCCUACUAGAACAACAUGCUCGUCAAGAAUCUAGUCCUCGCUUUCACCCUUGCCGCUAUCGGUCUCGCUCAGGACGUCGAUAGCAACGAUGUUCCAAACCAGUGCCAAGCGGUUUGCGCCAGUGUCGUAAGCCUCACGAGCUCAUGUGACCAGCAAAACGAUGAUCGAGCGGAGCUUGACUGCGUCUGCCAGGCAUCUGGUGCAGACACCCAGGUCCCGCUUUGCGCAGCCUGCGUCUCGCAAUACGACAGUGAUGGCAACGACAAUGACGUCAAUGAUAUCGUCCGCUCCUGCUCCUUCAGCACAACGACAUACAAUCCUCCCGCGGCGUCGGCCUCGUUGACCAUGAUCUCUGGCUCCGCUUCCCUUACUACUCCCGCUGCUAGCUCUGCCCAGUCCACAGACUCUGCGCAGAGCUCUGGUGCUAUUACUAGCGGGUCUGGCACUGCAGGUGGAGCCGCCACGCAGACCACUGGUGGUGCGGCUGACCAGAGCACGAACGCUGCCCCGGCUCCGACUAUGGGUGUUGCAGGCGCAGGACUAGGUCUUUUGGGGUUCGCGAUUGGUAUGUUGUAAGAGAAAGUGGGGUGAAAUAGAGAGAGACAAAAGAGGGGAUGAGCUAGGGGCACAUAAUGUGAGAAAUAGAUUGGAACUGCUCAAUGGAC